AUGUUAGCAGCUGUGAACGCCCAGCGAGCGACGCAGGGGCUCGCGCCUCUCUGUCUGAACGAGAAGCUCCAUACGUCGGCUCAACGGCACUCGGAUGACAUGGCUGCCAAGAACUUCCUGGACCACACCAGUUCCAAUGGCAUGAGGAUGGUCGAGCGCGUGACUGCAGCCAAGUUCGACUGGGACACAGUGGGCGAGAACAUUGCAGCGGGUCAGAUCAACGUCCAGGACGUCAUGGCGUCGUGGAUCAACUCCUCGCACCAUCUGGAAAACAUCAUGGGCGACUACACGAUGUUCGGCUCGGCGUACGCCUUUAACCUGCACAGCAAGGAACAGCACCGCUGGACGCAGGAUUUCGGCUCGGGGGAAGCUGAAGCCUGUGACGACUUCAUACCGGAUACCAUCCCGAUUGAACAUGAGCAGGAGGCACAGGGUACGACUGGGCAACCGACCCCCGUGACGGUACCGAACAUCGCUGCCCCAGUCCCAUCUCCAGUCCCUGAAACACCUGCAGCAGAGCCUCCAGCGCCACUGAUUACGAAGCCUGUUGUGCCUGGGACGAAGCCGUCUACUUUGACGUCUGGACCUGGUAUCCCUCAGACGGUCGUGAACUCGACGCCGGUGACGCCUGUCGUUGAAUCACUUGCACCAGAAGCUCCAGCGUCGAUGACUACGGGCCAGAACGUACCGGUGACCGAUGGCUCGACGACGCGUAUCCCUGCCCCGAAGGUACCGGUGACGGAACCGCUUCCAUCAAAGUCGGAUUUGAUCCCUCGGUUGAGGUUGACUGCGAACCGAACUUCUAAGUGUCAUGUCGCCCCAAAAGUGAACGGGGAGAGGUCCGCGAAGCGUAUUCAAUGUGGUUGUAUGGGAACGUGA